AUGGUUCCACCACCAGUUUAUUAUUAUUUUCAUUCAAACUUAAUUAGUUCAAUUGAAAAUCUCGUUAUUAAUACGUAUUUUUCAAUUGAAACAUUCUAUGAUGUACUUGGUGUAAUGGAUAAAUUUCGUAGUUUAUCCAUUGAUUUGCUGACGGAUUCAAAUGACUGGUAUGAACCACGAUCCAGUCUUAACCUUCCGUCGUUUAAAAAUUUAAGAAAAAUUUGUAUUAAGCUGAAGAAAAUUGAUUUUAACAAAUUUCAAAAUAUUGUUAAAAAUGUUUUUAAAUUUAUUGAAAUUUUAUUCAUUUCAAUUGACGAUAAUGAUGAAGAAUAUUUAUAUACAGAAAUUGCGUAUCUUUGGUAUCUAUCAUAA